AUCGAAUGUGUAUUUAUCACGGUGUGAAUCUUAACUUGUCUUUUCUAUGACCGGGUAGUUCGUGCGGCUUGACAAAGCCACAUGGCACAUACGUUUACAUGACCAUGUGUGGAGCAGAGAGCGACACAGUAUUUUGUUUAUUAAUAAAUGUGAUGGGGGCUCGCUUUGUGAAACCGGUUUUGAUGUCUUAACAGUAAUAAAUACUACUUCGAAUACACAGUUUAAUACGUUGACGUCAAUAGUUUAUAGACGUCAUUAACUGCAAACGUUUCUUUCCGACCAUGGCAAAAUGUGUAGAAUUGCAGGAAAUUAACGAAAACAUUUUCUCUCCCCUGUCAAAAGGGCCGCUAAAAUGUUUUGCUCGCAAGUUCGCUGCAUGUGUGGUUAUGGAUGUGGGUACUCAGACCUGCGAGUCACUGCGCACCCUCGUGAUGAUGAGUUCAGAUUUUGUGGCCCCCACCCAAAAGUAUGGUAUGAUAGUGUGGUGUGUUAUAGUUUCCUAUCAGAUUAGCAAAGGUGCACUAUGUCCAUUUCUAUUUCAGCAUAUUGGACGACUCAUUCAUAUUCCAUUUACCCAGUUGUAACAGCGAUGGGUAUAGCUACUACUACGUGAUACUCACAUUUUCCUUAUACCCAUCACGAGGUUGCUACAACCUAGCUUAUUAAUGAACGUUUAUAAUGUAGGUGCACACAGGCCGAGAGACUGAUGCAAACGAGAGUUUCUAUUGGACAAAUUCAAGUAUGUUAAUCCCCGUUUUGUUCCGUUUGCUUCCAUUUAAGAUACUUUUUUUUCAACAGAAUCCACGGAAUGAAUACACCGCUGAUCAUGCGUAAACACACAGCCACGUAUUUCUUCUUGCGUUUUAUUCCUUCUGUGCGCUCCUCUUACAUCCUCCCGUCGCUUGUGGACUUCAAUGCACAACGCAUCAGCUGUAUGUGAUCAGGCAAAAAAAAACGUAACUUUACAGUGUCGGGCCCCUGUGGCAAUACAUUAGUAAAACCACAAGCUUACCUUGACUUGGAAGAGUUCCAGUGUUGUGUUGGUCAUAGCCAGCUAGCUAACAUAGCAUCCUGCUGUUUGGGCGGAGUGUUUCAGUAGGCUAAACUAGCUAGCUGCAUUUGCUAGCUAAGUAAGUAAAACUGAAAGUGGGGGAAAAAAUGACAAUCUCUCUAUACAUUUCUCUCUUGCUUCUCCUUAAUUUUCAUUGUCUUUCUCUCUCUUUGAGUCAACUACUCACCACAUGCAAUGCUAGCUAGCUAUAUCUUAUGCUUUCAGUACUAGAUUAAUUCUCUGAUCCUUUGAUUGGGGGGACAACAUGUCAGUUGGUGCUGCAAGAGCCCUGAUAGGUAGGAGGACAUCCUCCGGAGGUUGUCAUAAUUACUGUGUAAGUCUAUUGUAAGGGGUUAGAACCAAGAGCCUCCUAGAUUUUUUAAAAAGUCAAUGUACCCAGAGGAGGACAGAAGCUAGCUGUCCUCCGGCUACCUCAUGGUGCUACCAUACAGAGUGCUGUUGAGGCUACUGUAGACCUUUGCAAAAUAGUGUGUUUUGAUCAUUAAUUGGUGGCGUGAUUAUAUUUAGUAUUGUUUUAUCUAAAAAGGAUAACUUUUUACAUGUUUUACUAUUUUUAUGAAAUUCACUGAGGAUGGUCCUGCCCUUCCUCCUGAGGAUCCUCCACUGGUUGAAAGCCCCAGGAUGUGUGGUAUAUGGGCCUUGUUUGGCAGUGAUGAGUGCCUGUCGGUUCAGUGCACCAGCGCUAUGAAGAUUGCCCACCGGGGCCCUGACGCCUUUCGCUUUGAGAACAUCAACGGCUUCACUAACUGUUGUUUCGGCUUCCAUCGCCUGGCUAUUGUAGACCAGCUGUAUGGCAUGCAGCCCAUCCGCAUCAAGAAGUUCCCCUACCUCUGGCUUGUCUACAACGGAGAAAUCUACAACCACCAUACGCUGAAGGAGCGGUUUGAGUUUACUGACUACCAGACCAAAGUAGAUGGUGAGAUCCUGCUUCACCUGUAUGAGCGCUUCGGCAUUCAGAAGAUGGCGUCCCUAUUGGAUGGAGUGUUCGCCUUCGUCCUCCUGGACACAGCCAAUAGGAAGGUUUUCCUGGGGAGGGAUACGUAUGGCGUGCGGCCUUUGUUCAAACUACUGACUGACGACGGCUUCCUGGCUGUGUGCUCUGAGGCAAAAGGUCUGACUGAUAUCACCCACUCAAUGUCCUCACCUCCUAAGAUCACUCCAUUCCUCCCAGGACACUUUGAGGUGUUUGACCUGAAGCCCACAGGGAAGGUAGGGUCUAUUCAGAUGGAUCGCUUCCACUGCUGCACCCAGGAGCCCAACCAUGCUGCCUAUGACACAGUAGAGAGGCUCCCCUCAGGUUUUGUCCCAGAGACAGUGAAGAGCAACAUCCGGUCUUUGUUUGAGAACGCUGUCCGGAAACGCCUCAUGGCCCACAGGAGGAUCGGCUGUCUUCUCUCAGGUGGUUUGGACUCUAGUCUGGUGGCAGCUACGCUGGUUAAACUGGCCAAAGAGGAGAAGUUGAAGUACCCCAUCCAGACCUUCGCUAUCGGGGCUGAAGACAGCCCAGACAUUCUGGCUGCUCGCAAGGUGGCGUCCUACAUCGGCAGUGAGCACCACGAGGUGAACUUCACCCCUGAGGAGGGUCUCAAAGCUGUGGAGGAGGUCAUCUUUCACCUGGAGACCUAUGACAUCACCACCAUACGCGCCUCUGUCGGCAUGUACCUAGUGUCAAAGUACAUCCGUGAGAAGACUGACAGCGUGGUGAUCUUCUCUGGGGAAGGCUCUGACGAGCUGACACAAGGAUACAUCUACUUCCACAAGGCUCCCACUCCCAAGGCAGCAGCAGAGGACAGUGUUCGUCUGUUGAAGGAGCUGUACCUGUUUGACGUGCUCAGAGCAGACCGCACCACCUCUGCACAUGGUCUAGAGCUAAGAGUGCCUUUCCUGGACCACAGGUUCACAGCAUACUACCUCUCCCUGCCUGAGGAGAUGAGGCAACCUAAGGAUGGAGUGGAGAAGCACCUCCUCAGAGACUCAUUUAAAGGUCUGAACCUGAUCCCAGACGAGAUCCUAUGGCGGCGUAAAGAGGCCUUCAGUGACGGAAUAAUGUCUGUCAAGAAGUCCUGGUACAACAGCCUGCAGGACCAGAUGGAGUCUGAGGUGAACGACUUCCAGCUGGAGAAGUCUCCUAAGACGUUCCCGUUCCUCCCUCCCAGAACUAAAGAGGCGUACUUCUACCGCCAGGUGUUUGAGAAGCUUUACCCGGGCCAAGCUGAGUGGCUCAGUCACUACUGGAUGCCCCGCUGGAUCAAUGCGACAGACCCCUCAGCCAGAACCCUCUCCAUCUACAAGCCUGACAAGGACCAGUGAUACAGAAACAACAGUGGCUCUUUUCCAGUGUCCUCACUUGCGUAGCACUUAGAGUGAAGCAGUCUAUUGAGCAUGCAUGCAUUCUAAGUGCUAUGCUAGUAUAGAUAUUGGAACGUAGACUGUCAGCUGUCAAUCAGUCACUUGUGCCAUUAUUACUACACCUCAUCUUCACACUAUUACUACACCCCCCCUUCACCACAUAUCUAUCUGGAAACAGUCUGAUGCUAAAGUUGUGAUUUUUAUGGAAUUUUGGGUAACGAUUAGGCUUACUUUUCAUGCAAAUGGUCACGGUUAUUGUAAUUUUUGUUUAAAAAUGGUUUGACCUUGUAACGCUUCAUAAUGCAUCUUUAGAUAAGUCAUAUCUAAUUAGCUACGAUAAACCUAAUGAAUAGAACACAGCAUUGGUGACAUUCCUGUUUCAAAAACGAAUGGAUUUGACCUCUUGGAACUUUUGGAGAUGAAACUUCUCCCAACCGUGCCGUUCCGCUCAUAAAAUGAUUACCAACUACCCAUUUCAUGUAAAACUGCUAUUGGGUAAAUUAUUUCUACUUGAAUAUAAAGUUGAAUCCUCCUUUUCCUAAAAUGAAUUUAUUAAGACUAUUUUUUUAGUUCACGUUAUUGACCAUAAUUGUCGGUUACACAAUUAUGCGAUAAUUAUGGCAGCUCUAUGGAGGAAUCAUCAAGCUCUAGUACUUAACCAGUGUUAAUUACAGUUACAGUGUCGGUACUGAUUUGGGAAACUGCUGUUUCACUAGGAAUAGUUGAUAAUGUUGGAAGACUGGAAUGAUGCUGUAGGCCAUCUAUCUUGAAUUCAGUAGCACUACUGUAAUGCUUUCAUCGAUUUUUGUACCAUAUGGUGAUUACAUAUAAUAAUAUGUACUAUCUUAAUUACAUACAUAUUUUAACAGCUUCAGACAUUGGCUAAACCUUAACAUGAUAUUUAACUGUUCCUAAUGAGUGUUUUUUUCUGUUAUUUACAUUAAGUUAGAUGCGUAUAACCGGUACUGCAAUUGUCCUUUUGCCUCUUACCCAGACAGGGAGUAGGCUGUAAUAGGUUCAGUUCCGUGCAAGAAGAUGUCUUGAUUAUGUCACAGGAGACAAUAGACAGGAUAGCUUUUAGGUAUGGAUCAGUUGCGGUCAGUGCCGUUCUAUUUCAGCAUGUUGGAUGACUGUCAUUCAUAUUCCAUUCAGCCAGUUCAAUGUAACAGCGAUAGGUUCAGGCUAAUACGUGCUUCUCAUAUUUUCCCUAUACCCAUCAUGAGGUUGCUACAACCUAGCUUAUGAAUUAACAUUUAUAACGUAGCUGCACACAGAGACAUAUUUGAGGUGACAGUCAAUACCGCCUUGUACACUCUGUCCUGCAUCUAGCUGAUAUAGGACGUAAUCAUUGGUCCAACAGUUGAAACAGCGCCCCCGCCUAGACUGGAGGGUAACACCCUGCACGGCCUGGGUCUCUCAUAUGGACUGUCACUAUCAGUGACACUUGCGAUGUCUAACAAUGACACAACUCUGUGUCUCCCCGUUUUGUUCCGUUUGCUUACUGUUUAAGAAACACGUUUCAACAGAAUCCGCGGAAUUAAUACACCACUGAUCACGCGUAAACACACAGCCACGUUGUAUUUCUUCUCGCAUCUGCGCGCUCCUCUUACCUCUUCCUGUCGCUUGUGGACUUCAAUGCACAACACAUCAGCUGUAUGUGAUCAGGCAAAAAAAAAACUUUCCAAGCCGGGGGCAAUAAUUUAAUAAAACCACAAGCUUACCUUGACUUGGAAGAGUUCCAGUGUUGUGUUGGUCAUAGCCAGCUCGCUAACAUAGCAGCAUCCUGCUGUUUGGGCGGAGUAUUUCAGUAUGCUAAACUCGCUAGCUGCAUUUACUAGCUAAAAAACGACACACUCUAUAUACACUUCUCUCUUGCUUCUCCUGCAAAUUGAAGAAAUUAAUUUGUUCAAAACUGUUCAACUAUUGUCUUUCUCUCUCUCUUUGAGUCAACUAUGUACCACAUGCACUGCAGUGCGAGCUAGUUUAUAGCUUAUGCUUUCAGUACUAGAUUAAUUAUCUGAUUCUUUGAUUGGGUGGACAACAUGUCAUUUUGUAUUUGUAUUGAUUAUGGAUCCCCAUUGCUGCAAGAGCUCUGAUAGGGAGGAGGACAUCCUCCAGAGGUUGUUAUAAUUACUGUGUAAUUCUAUGGAAGGGGUUGAGAACCAUGAGCCUCCUAGGUUUUGUUUUGAAGUCGAUGUACCCAGAGGAGGACUGAAGCUAGCUGUCCUCCUGCUACACCUUGGUGCUGCCCUACAGAGUGCUGCUGAGUCUACUGUAGACCUUCUUUGCAAAAUAGUGUUUUAAUCAAUUAUUUGGUUAGUGCUUAUAUUUAUUAUAGUAUUGUUUCAUCUAAAAAAUAAUUACUUUAAAAAGUUUUACUUAAAAAAAUAUAUUAGAAAAUUCACUGAGGAUGGUUCUCCCCAUCCGCCUCUGAGGAGCCUCCCCUGGUAUAGAUGGUAUAGACAUUCUCCUGUUCUUUACCCAACCUGAUAAAGAGAAGUACCCCAAUUCAACUCAUGUCUUUUAAACAUUUUAAAUAUCAGAACAGAAUUAUGAUGAAACUUUGUAAUGCUUUGAUCAAUCCCCAAGGUUCUUUCUUUGAACAUUUCUUAUUGAAAAGGAUAAUGCUCAACACUCACUCACCAUUAAAAAAGUAGUAUUUUAUUGAAGCAACUAUAAAAGCUUGACUAUUGGGCCAUAAUCAUAACAUGUUUUCACCCCCCAAAUCAGAGCAAAGACCAUGACAUGGUGUAAUAGUGGUCUAUAAACCAUAAUAAAGUGUGUGUGCGUGGAUGUGUGUUUUUAGAUUUAUGUGAGGGUUCUUGCGUGAGUGUGUCGUUGAGAUAACAAUCGAAUGUGUUACAGAUUGAAUGUCAAGCUGGGAACAACAUGAUUCAAUUGAAGACAAAACAUACUUGAGACAGACUCGUAUAAUGGGUUACAUUACUUAAGGAAAAUAGUGAAACCAAAAGACACACUGGAAGUUGGAUGCUAACCAUGGUGCAUUUAAUUGCACUUUGUUUUCUCAACUACGAUCCAUCUAGUCUAGACUGAUGGAAAUGUAUGAAACUACAGCAUUAGAUGUCUAAAGUGAUGUACAUAAUGCUAUGUGUCUGUCUACUGUAUUUCAUCCUAACCACUACUGAUAUAAAAAGUGCCCCAUACCCUUGACAAUA